AUGUCCACCGAUUAUUGUCCAGUUUACUCGCCCUUUUUUAGUGCACUGGGGGUCACAUGUGCUAUAGUAUUUACCAACAUUGGCGCCAGCUAUGGAACCGCCAAGUCAUCUCUUGGUAUAUCGGCCGCGUCUGUUAUGCGCCCGGACCUGAUGGUCCGUUCUUGCAUUCCAGUAGUCAUGGCUGGAAUCAUCGCGAUCUACGGCCUGGUUGUAUCAGUGGUGAUUUCUGACAACUUGCACCCCAAAAUGCCUCUCUUCACCAGUGUCAUUCAGCUUGGUGCGGGUCUUUCGGUCGGACUGUCCGGUCUUGCGGCAGGAUUUGCAAUAGGAAUAGCCGGUGAUGCAGGGGUGAGGGGAACAGUAGUUCAGCCACGUUUGUUUGUUGGUAUGAUCUUGAUCCUAAUUUUUGCAGAGGUUUUAGGGCUUUAUGGACUCAUUGUGGCACUCAUUCUGAGUAAUAAGGGCAAAGUGAGAGACGUGGAUGCUUUGUGCCCGAGCUUCGGCACUGGCUUAGGAAUAAACAUGCCAUUCGACCAGUUCUGA